CGACUAUUAAACUACAUGAAAUAAAAAUACUCGAGAAUAUUGUUUCAUGAACCAUUCUAUUCUUAUAGACAAAGGUUGUUUCAUUAUUGAAAAUAUAUCAUAUCUUUUUGAGUUCCACAACCUCAUGCAUGGUUAUGAUAAAACAAAAGACUACUGCAAUUUCAUUGUCUUUUGUAGAGAGUUAUUCAAUGACCACAAUACCUUGAAUAGAAAGGAGUCAACAAUAAGGAUUUUCUACUAUAUAUGUCUAUGUGUAUGUAUGUGUGGUGAAGAAAAAAAAGGGAUGUGCUUCAAUUUGAUUGUUCUCAAACAAGUUUAAUGCAACUUUUCGGAACGCUGACUUGAUUGCUUGUGAGAAAAAAAAAGUACUUUAGCACAGGAAAGAUAUGUUUAG